ACUUGUAGUCCAGCGCUCCUGUAGUUGUAGUUCCUGGUGCAUGACUUGCAGGGAGAGAUGUCGGAAUCCGGGAGUCCAUCUGCUGUUACUAUGCUCGAUGUGCAGACGCUUAUUAUUAAGAAGGACGAGAUCGAAACUCAGAUAAAAGCUUAUUAUGAUGUCCUGGAGGAUCAAAAGAAUGUUGGAAUGGAAGGACCACUCGUGGACAUUGAGGGUUUCCCAAGGGCAGACGUAGACCUCUACCAAAUUCGGACAGUACGGCAUGACAUUAUCUGUUUGCAAAAUGAUCAUAAAGCCAUCAUGGAAGAGAUUGAAGAGGCCUUGCACAACUUACAUGCACGGGACAAAGAAAAGAGACUGAACGAUGAAGUAGAGGCCCAGGCUGAAGCUCUACAGCGUAACCUUGAGCUACCUGUCCCCUUCGCUAGAGUUGAUGCUGUCACUCCAGGGUCUCCAGCCAGCAUGUCUGGACUGCAGGUUGGAGAUGAAAUCACUGCAUUUGGUUCAGUAAACUCGCACAACUUCCAGAAUUUACAGAAUAUUGCCUCUGUAGUUCAGCACAGCGAGGGGAGACCUUUAAGUGUGACAGUUAUCAGGGAUGGAAAGUCUGUUCAUUUAGGACUAACCCCACAGCGAUGGAGUGGAAAAGGACUGUUAGGUUGCAACAUCAUUCCAAUAAAAAGAUGAU